AUGGCCAGCCCUGAAAGCUUGCUGCGCGAGGUCAAUAUCCUCGGCGCAUUGAACGACCAAAACAAACACAUCUUGAGCAAAGAUGUGGCUGUCUUCCUGGCUCUGCUCCACCGCACGUUCAACGAGCGCAGGAAAGAGCUCCUUCAGCGACGGGUGAUCCGACAGUCGGAGCUGGACAAGGGCAAUCUACUCGACUUCCUCCCAGAAACCAGGCAUAUCCGUGAAAACGAUGCCUGGAAGGGAGCACCCCCAGCUCCCGGACUGGUCGACAGACGCCUAGAGAUCACAGGACCUACAGAUCGCAAGAUGGUCGUCAACGCCUUGAACUCGGACGUAUGGACCUAUAUGGCGGAUUUCGAGGACUCAAGCGCGCCGACAUGGGACAACAUGAUCAAUGGCCAGCUCAAUCUGUAUGACGCCAUCCGCAGGCAGGUCGACUUCAAGCAGGGCGAGAAGGAAUACAAGCUCCGCACCGACCGCAAGCUUCCCACACUCAUCGCUCGCGCACGAGGAUGGCACCUGGAGGAGAAGCAUUUCACAGUGGACGGCGAGCCCAUCUCGGGCAGCUUGUUUGACUUUGGCAUUUACUUCUACCUUAACGCACACGAGCUCGUGAAGCGAGGGUCCGGACCUUACUUCUACCUUCCGAAGAUGGAGUCGCACUUGGAGGCGAGACUCUGGAACGAUGUCUUCAACCUAGCACAGGACUACAUUGGGAUGCGACGAGGCACGAUCCGAGGCACCGUGUUGAUUGAAACAAUCACAGCUGCCUUCGAGAUGGACGAGAUUAUCUACGAACUUCGUGAUCACUCCUCCGGUCUUAAUUGCGGACGAUGGGACUACAUCUUCAACACCAUCAAGCGUUUCCGCCAGAAUCCAAACUUUGUGCUUCCAGACCGCGAUUCAGUGACCAUGACUGUUCCUUUCAUGGACGCAUAUGUUAAGCUUCUCAUCAAGACCUGCCACAGGCGAGGCGUCCACGCCAUGGGUGGAAUGGCCGCCCAGAUUCCCAUCAAGAACGAUCCCGCUGCUAACGAGGCUGCCAUGGAGAAGGUCCGUGCCGACAAGCUUCGCGAAGUCCGCGCUGGACACGACGGCACCUGGGUCGCUCAUCCGGCGCUUGCAGCCAUUGCUGGCGAGGUCUUCAACAAGCAUAUGCCUACACCCAACCAGAUGCACGUCCGCCGCGACGAUGUAAAUAUUACUGCCAACGAUCUGCUCAACAUGAACGUGCCCGGUAAGGUCACCGAAGCGGGUAUCCGCAAGAACCUCGACAUCGGUCUCAGCUACAUGGAGGCGUGGCUGCGCGGUCUCGGCUGCGUGCCCAUCAAUUACCUCAUGGAAGAUGCGGCUACCGCCGAGGUGUCGAGGAGUCAGUUGUGGCAGUGGAGCAAGCACCAGAUCACCACGGCCGAGGGCCAGAAGGUUACUAAAGACUACGCGCUCAAGCUGCUCCACGAGCAGACGCAGAAGCUGAGCGAGAAAGCACCCAAGGGUAAUAAGUUCAACCUAGCCGCAAAGUACUUCGAGAGCCAGGUGACGGGCGAGCAGUACGACGAAUUCCUUACAUCGUAUGUCACACGCACAUCACCGAGUACGCAAGGCCAAAGCUAA